AUAACCGCGCGAGUAAGACUGUGGUCAGUAAACGCGAGGCUUUCGUUGUGAGCAUGCGCAUUGUUGUUCGGAUUGGCGGUACGUCGUUAUUUCUGUGCUGUGAUGGCUGUCGAUGCGAGGACGGUCCGAACGUUACUCCAUUGGGUCAAUUCGUUGGAUCUUCAAUCUCACACGAUGCGCCUCAAAGAUUUAUCGAAUGGAAGACAUCUAGUGUCGAUUGUGGAACGAAUUAAAACGAUUGAGGCGAUGCGGGUGGCAGAGUUAGAGGCCAGCGCGGACAACAGACUGUCUUUUGUUAUUUCAGCGCUGCAAGACUAUUUUUCUGAUUUUGAUGUGUCAUCAGUUGUUGAUAUUAAUUCUAUUGAGCAGCAAGAUGAAGAGCAUAUCAUCAAGGUCUUGAUGCUUCUUUUACAUUGGGCCGUGAAUUCCGACAAUAAUCAGUACUUUGUGGGUCUGAUUACAAAUGCCGAUUUUGAGAUACAGAAUUAUUUUAAGCAGAUCAUUGAGUCAGUAAUGCAGCAGCAACAGGAUGGAUCGUUUAAAGAUGGACAGUUUUGUUUGCCAUCGAUGGAUAAUUCAGAUGUGACUGUUGACACUAGUACUGAAAGUGUUUUAUGUCAAACUCCAGAGAGGCGGCCGUUAUCCGUAACAUUUAAGACUCCAACUAUAGAUCUCAGACAAACACCAUCUGUGUCUGUGUCUCCAAUGUUGAAACAGUGGUUGCAGUCUCCUGCAGCCACGGGUGCUUACAGACAUACAGAGACAAAAGAGAGUAAAUUGUAUCGUGAACUCCAAGCAGCGAAGUUUGAUCUGAUGAGGCAGAAACACAUUAACGACGAUUUAGAACUGGAGAUUAGAGAGAUCAGCAGUCGAGCAGAAAAGAGAGAUAGUUCAGCCGAAUCAAUGCAGCAGCAUUUGAGUCAAAUGAGAGACCGUCUUGAUGAGCUGCAGCAUUUCGAAUCGACAUGCCAUAUGUACGAGCAACAAGUGCAGAAGUACCAGCAAGAAAAUAAACAUUAUAAAGAUACAGAGAGACAAUGUGCAGCACUCCAAGAUGAAGUAAUGAAGUUACAGAGGGAACUAACUGCCUGUCAGAGUCAAAUUGACGAGGCUGAUGGUCUCUUCAGUAAAGUGUCUGAUUACAAAAUGAAACUUGUGGGAUCUGAGUUGAAAGUAGAAAGCUUAGAGAAGAUGGUCACAAAAAAGGAUGAAGAAAUCAACAAGUUGUUUAGUCAGUUGAGAGAAGUCAAGGAGUUACACUUUCAAGUGAGUCAGGAAUCAAGUCAGAAGGACAGCAAAAUCUCUGAGCUUACAGCUCAGUUGGCAGUACAUCAUGAGAGUGUGACGUCAUCAUCUAAUGUUUCUUCUCUUGGAAUGUCAGACAUGAUGAGGCUGACAAAAAUUGAGUCUGAGAACAAGAUACUUCAAGAGAGACUUGGGGAGCUGGACAAGCUGGAAGAAUUGAAGGACAAAUUGAAAAAAGAAGAGAGUCGAAGUGAGUUGUACAGAGAGAGGGCUGGCGCAACAGAGAGACUGGAGAAUGAGCUCAGAAAUGAGAGAGAAAACAAUGCUGUGAUGAGUGGCAGAGUUAAUGGAUUACAAAGAGAUUUUGAGCGAAUCAUGCAAGAGAAAAGGAAUGUGGCUGAUGAAAUGGAAAAGCUGCAGAUAGAACACAAGGCUGAGGUUGAACGGUUGAAGCUACAAGUAGAAGCUUUGAAGUCUGUUGAAGAAGAAACAAGACAGGAAAAAGAACAAGUGUUGAAGGAGAGAGAAAUAGAGUUGAGAAACAUGAAAGCGAAAGUUGACGUUUAUGAAGAGCAGCUGCAGAUUGAACAAGAGUCAGUCAAGAAAUGGAAGCUGAAUGCGACACAAGGAGAAGGAAAGAUCAGAGAGCUGGAGGAUUGUUUAAAAGAGAAUGCUGCUGAGAUGGAAAGAGUCCACAAAGCCAUGGAGCAAAUACAGAGUGAGUUGAAGAAAAAGGUCAGUGAAGUUGAGUCUGCAAAUGUAAGUUUACAACAGCAAUUGAGUGAAAGUGUCAACAGUCAGGAGAAAUUUCGGGCAAGAAGAGUGAAGCUUGAAGAGACUGAAAAACAGAAUGACAUUAUGAGGGAAGAGAAAGAAACACUGACUGAGCAAGUGAGAGCCUCGAAGGAAGUGAUCAAUCAACAACAAACUCAGAUUGAGUCACUGCAGGCAAAUGCACAACGUUUGAUGUCACAAGUGGCAGGUCAAGCUGAUCACAUUGAACGGUUAGCGAAGGAGAAAGAUGAGCAGCAACAUGAAACAGCUCAAGAAAUAGGAAAGCUAACAACUGAAUUGACCCAAUCACAAGUAAACGUGGAGUCUCUGAGGUCUGAGCUAGAAGUGAAAGUGAAGCAGAUAAAUGAGAUGCAAACAUCUUUAGACAAUUCAAUGGAGAGGAUCAAGAAGCGAAACAAUGAAAUAGAAACAGUGUCUAGUCAAUUGGAAGAAGCAACUCAGGCAAAUGAGUCAAUGAGAGCAAAUCUGAUAGAAUCUAAGAACGAGUUGGAGCAUUUGCAGUCGCUCAUUCAUACAGCUGAUGUUUCUCACCAAAAUGAAUUGACUACAUGGAGUACGAUCAAAUCAGAGAUGAAAGCACAGAUUGUUCAACUGGAAGAAAACGUGGAUCAAAAACAAGCUAAAUUUGAGGACAUAACAAAGCAGCAGACCAUGGAACUCCAACAAUUGAAGCAGAAACAGAAAGAAGAUCUAGAUGAAGCAAAGAAAGCAAACAAUAAGAACAAACAACUACUGGAAGAACAGGAGAAGAAAACCAAGGAAGCAGCGGAAAAGAUGAUUGAAUGGAGAAGAGAAUUGGUCACAAACACAGCAGAUACUCGUGGACAACUCGAACAGCAAUUAAAGUACGAAAGAGAACAAGUUUCUGCUCUAGAAAGGGAACUAGAGGCAACAAAGAAAAUGAUGGAGAGAGAAUUUGUCAAGCUAAGAGAGGAGAAUGAGAACACACUGGCACUCGAGGAAAGUCUUGUUCAAGAGAAAAGGAAAAAUAUCCAGUUAUCCGCAGACAACCAGUCUCUUAGACUAGAACUCGACGUCACUGCUCGAAAGUUGAGACAAGCAGUUGCCCAACAUGAAGGCAAAUCCACCACUAUUGAUGAGACUGAGCUAAGUGCACCGUUACACUUGAGGCGAGAAAAGAUGUCUAGAAAUGUGCCACAGAGUCGUCAUGUGUCUGGAGCAAAGACAAAGGAAGUGGACAGGCAACCAGAGCUGAAAGAGUUACAUCAACAAUUUGAUAAGACAGAAAAUGAGAGAAUUUUGAAUACUUCACAACCUUCUACUGCUGAAAUGACACUUAGACGUUCUCUUCGUGAUAGAAAGGGAGGACAAAAGAGAAGGCAUGUAGGAAUUCUACCUCAUUUGAGUGAAGAAGAGCCUGAGGAUGAUAGAAUGUCUCUACAUUCAAGAAUGCUGGAGCUCCAACGAAGGAAUGCUGCGACUCUUCCUCACCUCAAGUCAUCAUAUCCUGUUGAGUUGCAAUCUCAAUCCGCACUUGACGUAUCAGAUGAAACAAUACGAACGUCAAAAAUGGUCCAAGGCAGCAGCAUUUCUGAGACUUCAGAUCCAUUGGAAGACAGUUUGCUUGGAUGUGAGAGUCAGUCAAGGCACAUUGUUACUCGAUCCAGUAAACAGAAAACUUCAAGCUUUGAAUCGUCGAGAAGCCCACCUGUUAGUACACCAUUUGAAAUUCGUCGAGACACAUUUACUGUUAAAGAACUAGAGAGACAGAAAGAGCAACGUCCAGAAAGUGUGGCAUUUGAAUUCGUUCCGAUUCAAUAUCCAAGUCAAUCGCCAGAUGACGAUGAAGAAGAAGAACCAGCAGGAAAGCGCCCAAAACCUCAGCUACCCAAACAUCUGCAAGAAAGACUCGCUGAACAACAAAGAAAAGCCAAAGAAAGCAAAGCCAGGAAAGAAGCAGCAAUCCAGACACGAUCUAGAAGCCAGAGCAAAACAACAACAAAACAAAGCAAAGUCAAAAAGCAUUGAAGUUGUGACUCCAGAACUUAACUUAAAACAGGACUAAGCGAGCUGUCCUCUGUUAGUUGUAGGACUGUAGCAUUACUACUUUGCUACUGUAAGUAUAUAGAUGGUCAGACGUUCUUGCCAUUAGCAUGGCAAUGACAAUCCUUGUUAACUCUACAUACCCCGUAUCCUAAUUAGAUCGUGCUUGGGCUGAUACACAUGUCAAGUGGGCUCUAGACUUUAGAAACUAAGAGACAGUUGAAUGCUUGCAA